AUGAAGGCAGAAAAUCUAAGUGCUGGGACAGAUUUUCUGCUCCUCGGUCUUUUCCAGCAUGGCCGAAUGGACACUCUGCUCUUUGUGGCCAUUGCCAUCCUCUUUACAGCAGCUCUGACAGCAAACAUCGUACUGAUCCUCCUCAUCCGGCUGGACAGCGGACUCCACACCCCCAUGUACUUCCUGCUCAGCCAGCUGUCCUGCAUCGACAUGAUGUACAUCUCCACCACGGUGCCCAAGAUGGCAGUUAAUUUCCUGACCAAGAGCAUGGGUAUUACUUUUCUAGGCUGUGAGGUUCAAACAUUUGUGUUCUUGGCUAUUGGUGGAACCGAGGCUCUUCUUCUUGGCCUCAUGUCUUAUGACCGGUAUGUAGCCAUCUGCCACCCACUGCACUACCCUGUGCUCAUGACCAGGAGGAUCUGCUGGCUCAUGGUCUCAUGUGCGUGGACAAGCAGUUCUAUCAACGGCUUCAUACACACCGUCUAUGUGUUCCAACUUCCAUUCUGUAGCUCUCGGCUCAUUAAUCACUUUUUCUGCGAAGUCCCAUCCCUGUUACCACUGGUGUGUCAAGACACGGCCCACUAUGAGUACACAGUCCUCCUAAGUGGGCUUGUUAUCCUGCUGAUACCAUUCAUGGCCAUUUUGGCUUCCUACGCCCGUGUGCUUACUGUGGUGUUCCAGAUGAGCUCGGGUCAGGGACAGAAAAAGGCCGUCUCCACUUGCUCCUCACACCUGAUCGUGGCAAGCCUGUUCUACACGACCUCUCUCUCCACCUACACACGGCCACACUCGCUACGUUCCCCUGAACAGGACAAAGUGGUGGCUGUGUUUUACACGAUUGUCACCCCUCUUCUCAACCCAUUUAUUUACAGUCUAAGGAAUAAAGAGGUGAUGGGGGCCAUGAGGAGGCAGCUAGGACGAUGUGUAUUUGUGCAUAAAAUAUGA